CAAAAUGGAAAGCGCAUGAUGAGUCGGAUUCGUGUUCUUGAGCAAGAGAACGAAGAGUUGGCCAAAGCGAAUGCAAGUGGACGGACAGCACGUCUUCAGGGCGAAAUUGCACUGAAUCGUUGUCUUGUCUCCGAUUUGAAGCAGGCUAAUGCAGGUUCGUCUGUUUAUGUGAGGCCUAUGUAG